AUGGUCAUCUCCGGCAUGUGCAUCUUCUUCCUCGACAUCGUCUACGUCCGUUCAGAUGUCUUCCCCACCCUGGAUCGCCUCCACGCCGUCGUCCAUGUCUUCAUCUUCUUCCUCUGCCUCCUCUACUUCAUGAACACCGACGAUCAGCGCAACCCCACGCCGGCUCCUCUGCUUUCCCGACGAGUCCGCCGACUUCAGCAGCACCCCCAUGAGAGCCGCUGCUCCUUCCCAUCUUCUUCCCCGUCAUACUCAGUCGUCGUCGUUGCCGUUUUCCACGCGCACCCGCGGGACCUCAUCGCUGGCGAGGUUCCCGUUCAUGUUUCGAUGCAUCCAAAACCCCUCCCCAAACUCCCGACACAACCCGCGCUCCUCGUCGUGUCCAAUCAACGCUCCAACACGGACGCAUGGACGCCGGAGCUCCCCUGCUCAGAUUCGCCGCACUGCUUCCCUGCUCUCCCGCGCCGGAGCUCCCCUGCUCAGCAUCGCCGCGCUGCUCUCCCGCGCGUCCUCCUCCGUCGCUCCCUCCUGCCUCGCGCAGCUCCCCUGCCCCCUUGCCUGCCUCCCAAAUCUUCCCUCUUUCACACCCAAAAUCGUUUCUUCUUCCUCCCGCUGCGUCUCCUACUUGCUCGUGGCGACGACACGUCCUCCUCGUUGCCCCCAACGCCGGAGGAGACACGGGGCAAGCAGCAGUGCCUCGCACUGCGCCGGCGCGACCUUGGGUGCGCGUGGGCAUACGCGCCGGUCGCCGCCUCGGCCGUGCGCCGGUCCGCGAAGGAGGAGGAAGGGGAUUCCGUUCGCCGCCAAGGCGCCCUGGGCAUGCUCCUCGAGUCUCUGCUCCUGGGGCCCCUCAUCACCUCCCUCCUCAAGAAGGAGAACAACAUGACGUCACACAACACAUGCCUGAGGAGGAAGAUUGAAUUUUCUACAGAAGCAUCAUCAGCAGUAGCAGAGGCGGGCGGGGCAGACUCACCAGCACAGGCGGGAGUGGCAGCAGAGGCGAGGCAGGGGAAAAGGCAAAAGCAGCAUCAGAGGUCCACGGCGCCGGUGUCGUCCACCAGUUGCAGCAUGAGAGGCAGGAGUGGCCGGAAUUGUCCACGGCGCCGGCGGCCGAAGCGGACGAAAUCAUAGGCGCAGGUCCACGACGCCGGCGGCCGAAGCGGACGAAAUUGGAGGCGCAGGUGGGCGGCGAAGGUGGGCGACUGUGAGAGGCGAGCUUCAACGGGGCCGACGGCGUAGCUCGAGGCGGGCGCCGGCGCAGGUCGCCUUCACGGCGGGCGGUGCAGGUGGGAAGCCGCAGCACAGGUGCAAGCGGGCGGCGGUGCUGUUGUUGGUCACGCGCUGGGCCAUGGUGCUGUUGUUGGUCGCGACGCAGGUCCAGGCGGGCGGCGGCGCAGGUGGGUAGCCGGCGAUGGCUGGAAGGCGCGGGCGACGGGGGAGGAGGAAGGAAAGAUAUGGACUUCUUUGUGACGUGUUUAAAACUCUGUGGGUUAAAAAAACAAAUACACUGCCCUAUGGACAACUUUUUUCGGACGGAGGGAGUAUCUCAUUGUUUGCGGCCGAGUGAUGGUAGCAGGGUGUUUGACAUUCA